AUGGAGAUGGUCAAGACGCGCAAGCCACAUAAGAAGUCGAGGAAGGGCUGUCUUCCUUGCAAAGCCCGCCAUGUCAAGUGCGAUGAGCAGCAGCCAAAUUGCGCAAAUUGCGUGAAGCAAGGCACGCCGUGCGAAUACCGAGUAUCAAAAAGUCGAGAAAGAUCGACUGGCUCGCCUCUACCUGUUGCUUCGACGUACACGCUCUCGUCAACUGAAGGCGGGGUGCUCGAACCAGCUGCGCCAGAUGCUCCUGUCACACCGAUCCAGGACCCCUUAGCUCUCAACAUCCUCCAGAUGCGCCUUUUGCAUCACUACACGACUGUUACCGCGCAAUCGCUUGGAGCGAGCUCGGAUGCCCAUGCUGUGUACGCUACAGCCUUACCGCAGACUGCCUUUGAGUAUCCCUUCCUCCUCCACGUGACCCUCGCUCUUUCUGCACUUCAUCUCAGUCGACUGCAAGAGUUUGGUCCAGCGGCAGUCGAGUAUGCUCUUAUAGGAGGUCAAUAUCACGAGGCUGCUCUUGUAAACUUCCAGGCUACUGUGCGCGAUAUCGACGAGGGCAACUUCAAGGCUGUUCUCAUGUUUGCAUCAGUCCUGUUCCCGUACUCCUGCGCAAGCUCGGUAGACCCCAGCCACGAUGUGAAUCACGCUUUUGACACCCUCUUGUCCAAUUUUUCCUUAACCCGAAGGGUACGGCCAAUGGUUUCCAGCUUCUACAAUGAAAUGCGAGCAUCCAUACUAGGGAGAUUGGUUCCAGAGGAUGUCAAAGGUAUCGAUUGGACCACACAAGAGCCGCCAGCUGACACCGAGCUCAUGCAGCUACGCAAGUUCGCCGAGGCCGUGCAUCAUCUCUAUCCUCCGGACAUUGUUGAUGCAUAUGGAUACGCAGUACACAUCCUGGUUUUGACGUUUGCCGCCGCAGAAAAGUCACAUCAACCGCCCUCAGACGCCCUUCUCAAGAUCUGGGUCCACUUUGUGACUGACCGUUACGUCGAACUCUUGUCAGAAAGGCAGCCGGGCUCCUUGAUCAUCUAUGCGCAUUAUGCGGUUCUAUUACAGAGAAGCAGCGCUCAAUACUGGUACUUGGCUGGUGUUCCCGAGCAGAUUCUCCGUGUCGCAGAAGCGCUGGUACCCAGUGAAUGGAGCGGCUGGUUGGACUGGCCGAAGGAGCAGCUUCGAGGAGGUUAA